AUGCAAACUUCAUUAACCUACACAUUAGGAUUAAAAAAUGAUUCCAAUUAUUAGUUCCUCAGUAAGCACACUCUUGCCAAAAGGAAAGAGUUGUCGGAUAAAUAUAACAAUGAUUAAUAAGUUGCUGUAAUUUGCGAACCUCAUCGAUUAUAUAAACAAUCAUAAACUGGUGCUGGCCUUGAACUUCCAACGUAAGUGUGUGUUAAUAUAAUUCAUUAGAUAAAUGGUGUGUGUGUUUAGCAAAAAGGAUCCAGUCUCUAGUAUUUUCUAGACUUUAAAAGCCAAACUCAAAAUAAACAAAGAGACUACAUUAUAUUUACUUUGCAAUAAUUACAUUUUGUAAUACGGUAUCUUAUUCAAUUGAUUUAAGAACAAUCCAUUGGAUAAGUCUACGAGAAAUAUAAGAAUUAAGAGGAUGACCUUUUGUACAUUAAAUAUAGUUCUUAAGAAACUUUCGGAAACUGAUUGAUAUUAUUAAUAAUAUGACAUUUGAGUAUAUGGAU